UUCUGUGCUAUAUCAGUACCCCGCUACUCUUGACGACAAAAUCCACGGAUGUGCGUAAGAGUGUGCGUGUGAGGCGUGGGUAACUGUGGGCAAAAGUCUAAAAUGGGCGCGCACUGUUACCAAGUACGAGAGUAAAAUUUCUUGCAGUAGUUUCGAAACGCGGCAAGAAGCGAUUCGUCAGCCCUUUAUCUUCUCGCUGGUGCUCACGAGUGAGGGGGAAGGGUCAGCGCCAGCGGAACGAGAGAAAUCGGGAGAAAACGCCAAAGGGACGGAAGAGGGAGCGGUGAAGAAGAAGGAGAGGGGGGUAGGAAACCGAGGACUGAGGAGAAAGAGGAGGAGGAGGAGGAGGUGGUGACGAGAAGCAGGAGAACUCGAGUGGUGCUGUCGGCGGUUGCUGGCGGUUGAAAAAAGUUGACGUCAACGAAAUCAUAGGACCGAUUAGGAUCCAAAGUGUGGUCGCGCGCUGACAAUAUUGCAAAGGUAUUAUGCGACGGCUCGGUAUGAAGAACAAGCACAGAAAAUCCGAGCUGGCGAGUGAUAGCGAGCCGGAAGAAAAUGUCGACGCACGCGCGGACGACGACGACGAGACGCAGGCCGGCAAGACCAACAACGCGCGAAAAACUACGACGAAGAGACGCUCGGCGCGCGGUGCUUCGGUGCAGAAGCAGGCGGCGGUGUUGUACACGAACGACGAUGCCGAUUCCGACGAUUCCACGGCGGUAGAGCCGAAAGAGCGGGAAAACGGCGAGAAGUCGGCGGCCGACCAAAGACCGUUGCCGAAUAAGCGUAGAAAGAAGGAGGAACAGAAAGCGUCCACCUCGGCUCGUGAAAAGUCCGAGGAUGUUGCGAACGAAUAUGAGGUAGAGAGACUUGUUAAUGUUCGUACCAUUAAAGGUCGUCGACAGUUCUUGGUAAGGUGGGUGGGCUAUGGAGAAACUGACGACAGUUGGGAAAAUGAAAAGGAUUUGAAUUGUCCUCAAUUGAUAGAAGACUUUUUAACUGAGGAAAAAGAGAAAGAAAGAGAAAUGAAACCGUCAAAACCAUCAAAAGCAGAUAAAUCUAAAAGAUCUAGAAGUACCAAGAAACAAACUCACGAGGAAAAAGGAACUGAUGAAGAAAGUGAUCCAGAUGAAAAAGGAAUCUCAAAGGAAUUUGAGGUCGAAAGAGUAAUUGAAGUACGUUUCAAAAAAAAUGGCACAAAAGAAUUUUUAAUCAGAUGGAAAGGAUUCGGUGCUUCUGAUGACACUUGGGAACCAGAGAGAAAUCUAAAUUGUCCGGAACUCAUUGCGAAGUUCAUGGAAAAGUUAGAGAAAGCGAAGACCUCCGAAAUGCGGGAACUCAGAACGAAUCGAGUACAUACUAAACGAUACACCUUGUCAACACACGACCGUGGAAGGAGAUUAUCGAAACGUAAUAAGAACAAACAAAGGACAACUUAUCAUGAAUGUGAUGAAUGAAGAAUAUUAAAACUCCAAUCAUUAUUUUAUUCAAAAAAUUUAUAUACACAGACACAACACA